UUUCUUAAGGCUGCAUAGAGAAAAAAAACAGCCAACUAUUUCUUCGGCAACUUUUUCUGUUCUUCUGACAAAAACAGAAAGCGCUCCAGUUUAAUUACGCAUAUCAGUGUAAGCAUAAUGGCUGCUAAAUUGAAUGGAACAUUUCCACUGAAAAACGGAUUAAAAUUAACGAAAGCUGAACGAAAAAUCAUAAAGAAACAAAAUAAAGCCCUUCAUACAAUUAGAAAUAAGGAAAGAGAGGUUGGCGCGAUCUCAGACUCUCCUUCGCCGUAUUUAUUGGUGAAAAACGGUGGAUUGAUCUGUGGAAUUAAAAGGCAAGACCUUGUCAAUCUCUUUCAAAGAUAUGGGAAAUUGGAUGAUAUAAUCAUGCUUUCCGGGAAGUCAUUUAGCUACGUACUUUACAAUGACUCUGAAAGUGCCAGCAAGGCCAUGAGUUACGUUAAUGGCCGGAAAGUAUCAUUAAGUGAGAAGGAUGAAAGGAAAUUUUACCUUGCUUAUUUGUUGAAGAGACCUUGUUUACAACUUUACCAAUCUGACGCGUUAUUCCCUCCCGGAAUGAUUCUUCUUGAUGAAUUUAUCAGCGAAGAACUGGAGAACGAAUUGAUUCAGCAUUUUUCACGUAGCAGUGCUGCAAACUGUAAUGAUUUGAAUGCCAUUACUGUGACAGGGCAACUGAAGCAUAGAUAUGUGAAACAUUUUGGUUACGAAUUCAUAUAUGGCUCGAACAAUGUCAACAAAGAUACACCAUUACCAUAUGGGAUACCAAAUGUGUGCUUGCCAAUAAUAGAAAAGCUUCUCUCUCUUGACUGCAUUGAACAUAAACCUGAUCAGCUAACUGUAAAUGAAUACCUUCCUGGUCAAGGCAUACCUCCUCACAUAGACACUCAUUCAGCAUUUGAAAAUGGUAUAAUAUCAGUUAGCCUGGGUGCAAAGGUUGCCAUGGAUUUUCGACAUGAAGACAGUCGCCAUGUCUCGAUUUUACUUCCUCAACGAAGUGCUCUCAUCAUGAAUGAAGAAUGUAGAUAUGCUUGGACACAUGGAAUAACUCCACGCAAAUACGACGUAGUCCAAGAUAAUAAACCCAGUAUAUUACAUGAAAAUGGAGAAUUACAUCAUGCAAACUUUUCAACACCCUCCUCUACAGCAUUGACUCUUCUACCUCGAAAGACGAGAUUAUCGUUAACAUUUCGAAAAGUCCGACACUCUCCUUGUCAUUGUCGUUUUGCCAAACACUGUGAUUCCCAAAAUUACGGACGUGUCAAACUGGAGAUUCCAGAAAUUUCAAGAAUGGAUGACAUUCAAGCAAUGGAAAAACCUCUACCCAGGUCACAUGACGAUGCAGUAAAUUUAGAAAAGGAGCACGUCCAUAAAGUUUACGACAAUAUUGCGGAGCAUUUUAGUAAUACACGUCAUAGUCCUUGGCCUAAAAUUGCUGAGUUUCUCAAAAAUCAACCUGUUGGUUCACUAGUGGCUGAUGUUGGAUGUGGUAAUGGAAAAUAUCUCAGUGUAAACAAGGACUUGCUCAUGUUUGGCUCCGACCGCAGUGAAAAGCUCGCCACCAUUUGUAGAGAACGUGGAUUUCACGUGAUAAUUGCGGACAUUUUGUCUUUACCAUACAGGUGCAACAGUUUUGACGUCUGUGUGUGCAUUGCUGUAGUUCAUCAUUUGUCCACAUCUGUUCGUCGAAGAGCCGCUAUUCAAGAACUUAUUCGAAUUGUUAGACCCGGUGGUCGUAUUUUGAUUUCGGUUUGGGCUCUAGAGCAAAAUUUUGACAAGUUUAACAAUAAAAAACCAACUGUAGAUAGAGAUUUGAAGCAAAAAACAUUUGAAGAUAACAUACCCUCAGCUGACUGUAGUUUACAGUUGAAAGAAAACGAAGCUCCACUCGUAGCGCGUUACAAAUCGAUACCCCCUUCAAAAAACACGGUUUAUUAUAAACAAAAUGUGAAAUCAGACACAUCCCUUAACAUUGAAAAUGGUAAACAACAUGAAUGCAGUUAUGAAACUGCUGCAACUCCAAACACGAUUUUAAAAACGGAUGACGUUGCCAAAACAAGCCUUCCUCUUGACUGCCCUGAUCCUUUGUCGACUCAUAAAAUCCCCUUACGUUCAUGUGAUACAUCUAGCAAGUCACAAUUAUCCUUGAAAGUGAACAAAUCAAAAGAAAAUUUUGAGCAACAAGAUUUGUUAAUACCUUGGCGUCACCAGAUCCAUAAAAAGCAUGGCAAAAAAACGCCUGUUGAUGGUGUUUCUCUUUCCUCUUUCACAAAAGACGAACAACUCCCUAUAAUUCAUCAAAGAUAUUAUCAUGUUUUUAAAGACGGCGAGCUUGCUGCUGAGUGCAAAAAACUAGAUGAUAUUACAGUAGUUCGUUGUUAUUAUGACAAAGGAAACUGGUGUAUUGAACUGGAAAAAGUCGCAAGCCAAUCUAAAUAAUUGCGCUUUCUGUAGGCGGACAACAUACUAUGGUGUUGUUGCUGUCUCGUGUAUACUGUCACGAUUACGACUGAUUAAAGUACCCAUAUCAUAGUUAUUGAUUAAUUGCAUUGACGGAAUGAAAAUAUUGUUAUGAAUAAACGUGGCAACUG